AUGGCUGCGUCGCCGACACGGCCCGCGAGCCACUGCCCUGGCCCUGAGCCCGCCCUGCCUCGUCAGUCCUCGCCGCUGCUCGAGCCCCUGCAGCACCACCUUGCCGGCCCGUCGCCCGACCAGCCCGCCGGGUUCCAGCUGCCAAGCUAUGCAUACCAGCUCCAUGUCGACAGCGCCCCCGUCCUCUCCGACGCCGAUUCCGCCCUGGGCUCGGCGGGCCCCGACUCCACAACCACCUCGCUCAACUCCGAGGUCGUCGACUAUCGCUACGAGCAUGGCCGUCGCUACCACUCUUUCAGGGAAGGCGCCUAUUGGCUGCCCAAUGACCAAGACGAGGCCGACCGCCUCGACCUCCAGCAUCGUGUCUGGCGCCUGUCUCUUGACGGCGCCCUGCACGCCGCCCCAGUUCCGCCCAAUGUGCACCAAGUCCUCGACGUCGGAACCGGCUCUGGCCUGUGGGCCAUAGAAUUCGCCGACGAGAAUCCCUCUGCCCACGUCACAGGCACCGAUUUGUCUGCCAUCCAGCCCGAGUGGGUACCACCGAACGUGACCUUUCUUGUUGACGAUGCGGAGAGCGACUGGGACAUUGACGGCAGGAAAUUCGACUUCAUACACGCUCGAAUGCUCUGUCUCGGCAUGCACAACUGGCGGCGCUUCAUCGAACAAUGCUACUGCCACUUGAAGCCCGGCGGCUGGCUCGAGCUGCAAGAGGGACAGCUGCCUACGAGAUGCGAUGAUGCCAGCGUGACAAGGGAUGAUCCAUUGCAAAACUGGUCGAUUCUGGUGCAUGAGGCAGCCGCCAAGUGCGGCCUUGACACAAUGGCCAGCGACAAGUUCCCCCAGCAGUUAAGGGACCAAGGCUUUGAAAAUAUAAAUGAACAAGUCGUCAAAUGGGCCGUCGGGGCUUGGCCGAAGGGCCAGAAGCAGAAGAUGCUUGGGCGGUGGACGUUCGAGAACUUGGGCCGGGGCCUCCAGGGAAUAAGCCUGGCGCUCCUGACCAAGGUUCUUGGCUGGUCGAAAGAAGCGGUUGAGCUCUUUCUUGUCAACGUACGACAAGACAUGAGUAAUCGUGAGAAGCAUUACUACUGGCAGAUGACUGUUCACUACGCGCAGAAGCCGCACAGCGAUGAUUCCUAA